AUGCUUGGAACAACUCAAUUGUUACUUUGCUGCUUCGCUGGAACUCUUUUGGAUAAUAAACAUGAUAAAUUGAUAGAAUGCACUUAUGACAUCUGUUGGUAUAACAUGAAAAUUAAGGAUCAGAAAAAACUCGGAUUUCUUCUUCAGGCGACUCAAAAAGAAGUUUCUGUCGAAUACUUGUUCGGAGUUUUGAAUAUACCGCUUUUUGUUGAAAUUUACAAGAAAAUCUAUUCAGGAUUGACUAUGAUGAUUCAAAUGAAAAAUGAGUAUUUUUACUCCAAAACUUGUGAGCUCCUCAAAAAAUGGUCUUAUUUCGUGGGCUUGGAUGUCAUCAAAGAAAACUAUUCUCCUGUAAAUACAAGAUUGUUCCUUCUUGUAUUGUUCAAUUCAUCUCUCAUUGUAUUCAACAUAACUUCUCUUUAUGAAAGACGCUCUCUGGGCAUCGUCGAAAUUUCAUUAAGUUGUAUUCCUCUUGGAACGUUGUUUCAAGGUAUCGCUAAACAACUUACCUUUUGUUUGAACCAUACCGACAUGAAAAAUCUCGUGGAUUCAGGAGCAAUGUUUUAUAAUUCGCUAAAAUACGACAAAAUGAAAGGCAAAGCUCGUGAUUACGCUUUCUUUGGUUAUAUGGUCUUUAACCAUUUCAUCCGUUAUGCGUAUAUUUUUGCAGUUCUUGUAGUCCUUUUGACUCCAAUGAUCUACGUUAACUUUUUCGGUGCGGAGAAAAUUUUAGCUUAUGAAGUGAAUAUACCAUUAAUAGAUGCAAAAUCGGACUACGGAUAUUGGAUAAAUUUUGCAAAUCAUUCUGUGGCUUCUGCUUAUUACAUUAUUGGUUUGGUAGCGGGUGAUGGAAUUUACAUAAUGUUACUUACAAAUGCAUUUACUCAGCUUGAAAAUAUCUACUUUGAGUUGGAAAAUUUGGAUUCGUUGACUCGUAAGUCAAACAAAAAAAUGAAGAAACAAAAAGUUCGAGAUCAAAUUAAAGACCAAACCAAAACUCAAGUAGAACAGAAAGAUAUUGAUAAAGAGAUUUCUGAAAAGUUGAAUCACAUUAUUGAAUUGCAUCAAAACUACUUGAGUUUCAUAAAACAAGUUAACGAAAUAUUUCUCGGAUUAUUCACUGUCAAUGUUUUUACUAUGGUUUUUCAAAUUGUAGUUUCACUCUUUAUUGUCGUGGUUUCAGUUGGCACCAUUUUAUCUGCACCAAUUUUCGCGCUGCUUGGAUCAACUCAAUUGUUACUUAGCUGUACUGUUGGAACUCUUUUGGAUAAAAAACAUGACAAAUUGAUAGAAUGCACUUACGACAUCUGUUGGUACAAUAUGAAAGUUGAGGAACAGAAAAAGGUUAAAUUUUUACUUCAAGCGACUCAACAAGAAGUAUUCAUCGGGUAUGCGUUUGGAGCUUUGAAUAUUCCGCUUUUUGUAGAGAUUUACAAAAAAAUCUACUCGGGUCUUACGAUGUUGAUGCAAAAGAAGAAUUCUGUUUAA